GUGGAAGGCGGGACUUCCUGUCCCAGCAGGUUAGGGUGGACUCAGUGACCAUGGCGACGGUUGCUCGCUCUGUCUUUCGCUCUGGCUCAAAGGGAUGAGAAAAAAAAUCACAGCUUAAAUCUCAGGGCCCUCAGGUGUGAGGCCUCUAACUGUCGGUCGGUGUGUGCUUGUUUGUUUAUUGGUGUGUUUCUCCUUAUUUCAAGGCUUUUUUUUUCCCUAUUAAGUUCAAAGAGGAGUGAAUGGGACACAGCUCUGCGUUGACACCAGGAAGGACUCGAGAUGAAGGGGUUGUAUUGUCAGCUGAGUAAAUCCAAUGAAGACCUGACAUUUGUGUUUCACGACCAGGAAUCUCUUCCCAUUCUAAGUGGGCAUGAUGUCAAAUUACAGAUUAAAGCUUGUGCUUUCAGCCUUGUGAAUACAAAGCUGCUGACCGAGCUGAAGUUGCAGAAAGAGUUCUUGCCAGUUGGAAGAGAAAUUGCUGGAGAGGUUCUUGAAGUUGGACCCAAAGUGAGUUUUUUCCAGCCUGGAGACGAAGUAGUUGGCAUUUUGCCUUUAGAUUCUGAAGAAUCUGGUCUCUGCGUUAGUCUCCUGGUUCAUGAGCACCACCUCGUGAACAAACCAGAAAAGGUGAGCUGGGUGGAUGCUGCAGGAACUAUUCGUGAUGGAUUGUGUGCGUACAUGGCUUUGCACACACUCUCGCACGUGGGCAGUGGAACAACUGUGCUGGUCAUUGAAGGAGCAAAUCCAUUUGGCACCAUUGCUAUUCAACUGGCUCAUCACCGUGGGGCCAAAGUCAUUUCUACUGCCAGCAACCUCAAGGACAAACAGUAUCUGGAAGGUUUGAGACCUACAGUUGCCAGGGUCAUUGACAGAUCUGAGAAGAAGGCAAACCUUGUGGACGCCUGCUUGGAAGAGACGGCUGGUCUGGGAGUGGAUAUUGUGGUGGAUUGCGGAGUGCAGCUCUCCGGGAAGGAAGAUAAGCCAGACGGACAGCAGCAUCUGUCCCACAAGCACGAAAUCCUCAGUCUUCUGGCUGUUGCAGGACAUUGGGUAACAACAGAGGAGAAUCUGCAGCUGGAUCCACCGGACAGUCGAAUGCUGUUUCUUAAGGGAGCAACCAUUUCUUUCCUGAAUGAAGAAGUGUGGCAAAUGUCAAGCGCACAGCAAGGCAAAUACCUGCAUAUUUUGAAGGAUGUGAUGGAGAUGCUGUCCAGUGGAAUCUUCAGGCCUCAGUUGGAUGAACCCAUUCCAUUAUAUGAAGCCACAGUCGUCAUGGAGAUGGUUCAGAAGAACCAAGCUAAAAAGAGACAGGUCGUUCAGCUCUGAAGCCGGUGUCGUGCGACGAGUGUUUUCAGUGAAUGUAGAAUUUUCGCUGACUGCAGGUUCAUUUUGACUUGUCAUUUCCAUUCUCGUACCUUAGAAUCACAGAAGCUUUUUUUUGUAUUAGAAAGGCCACAACAAUGCAAUGUUUGGGUGCAGACCACGCAUCUCUUGUGGUAAAGACUAUUUCAGAAGCCAACCGUGAACUGCUUUUCUCAAAUCCUGUGAGAUUCUUGCUGAGGAUGUGAUUUCUCUUAACCUUCCAGUUCGUUUUUUUUUCCCCCCCAACUCAGCUCGCAAAGUUCAGCGUCUGCUGCUCGACCUCGUCUGUGGUAGUCGUUGCCGCUAAUGUUCGAGAGCUGUUUUAUGUUUCCUUUUCACCCAAACGCCCCCUCCCCGCCUCCUGCAACUUCUAAUGGAUGAGCUGUUCCUGUGGGUCCAGUUCCUUUAUCGGAGGAGAGAUGAUUGACUGCUCUAUCGAGACUCUCAAAUGGUUGCAUAGAAUUGAUUAGGUUAGAUGGCUGCUGACCUUUACAGUACAGGAUUACCAGGAUCUAGUUAAAGUGAAAUGCAAUUCGGAGGGAAGAUUUGGAGCCCGAUGCACUCUGCUAAGCGACUUUGCUGUGGUCUGUUGCGUGGCGUGGCUGAUUCGGGUGCAAGGUGGUCCUUUCUCAUCCUCGCUUCUCUGACCAGCAACUCCUCCGAACAAAAGCCCAAAUGCCAUUCUUUCAAGUAAUUCAGGCAACUCUGAACAAGUUGGCACUCAGGCAGGAUCCGCCUUUGUUUCAAACGGAGGAAAGCAAAAGGGCCCCCAACAGUUUGUGCAUCGUCACAUAAAAGACCGGAGACCGAGGUGGCAUGACUUGAAUAAAGUGUUACUGUGAAACCCA